AUCCCUAUAUAUACAUAAUAGCAUCAUAUUCAGUCACUUUGGCAGUGUUUCUUCAGACAGCUACUCUGAAUGCAGUUUUAGACAAUUAUAUACCGGUACAAGUACAUUUAUAAGGACUGAUAACUACAGCAUUAAAAGAUCGGGAUUACUGUAAAUAGAAGAAUGGAGAUGAGAGAGCAGAUUUUUACAAAUGUUGAAGUUACAGCAGAUAAUAGAGCUAAUUCCAGUGACAGCAAGCAAUCAAAGGAAGAUGUUGAAGACAAUUUGCAGACCCAGAGGGCUGGAAGCUUCAAGCAUUCUGAGAGCUCAGGAAUCAACAUGGCAGGGAAGAUACUUUACAGACUGACUACAGUGUGUUUGCUGCUGCUGACUGCAAUCACAGUGCUGUGGAUCAAAUUCAGCAUCCUUAAUACAGACAAACCCAAGCUGGAGACCAGUCACAACAACUUGACUAAGGAGAGAGACCAGUUACAGACCAGUUACCACACCCUGGUUAAAGAAAGAGACCAGUUACGUACCAGUUACAACACCCUGACUAAAGAAAGAGACCAGUUACAGACCAGUUACAACAACCUGACUAAAGAGAGAGAUCAGUUACAGACCAGUUACACCACCCUGACUAAAGAGAGAGAUCAGUUUCAGACCAGUUACACCACCCUGACUAAAGAGAGAGACCAGUUACAGACCAGUUACAAAAACCUGACUAAAGAGAGAGACCAGUUACAGACCAGUUACACCACCCUGACUAAAGAGAGAGACCAGUUACAGACCAGUUACAACACCCUGACUAAAGAAAAAAACCAGUUACAGACCAGUUACAACACCCUGACUAAAGAAAGAGACCAGUUACAGACCAGUUACAACACCCUGACUAAAGAAAGAGACCAGUUACAGACCAGUUACACCACCCUGACUAAAGAAAGAGACCAGUUACAGACCAGUUACAACACCCUGACUAAAGAGAGAGACCAGUUACAGACCAGUUACAACACCCUGACUAAAGAGAGAGACCAGUUACAGACCAGAUACAACACCCUGACUAAAGAGAGAGACCAGUUACAGACCAGUUACAACACCCUGGCUAAAGAGAGAGACCAGUUACAGACCAGUUACAACACCCUGACUAAAGAGAGAGACCAGUUACAGACCAGUUACAACACCCUGGCUAAAGAGAGAGACCAGUUACAUAAGCAAAUCAAUGGAUUUCAGAAUUUCUCUUCACUUUGCGGUGAGGGAUGGCGAUAUUUCGACUUCCAUAUGUACUACUCCUCUAAUGAGGCAAAGAACUGGAUUGAGAGCAGGCAGGACUGUAGACGGAGAGGAGCAGACCUGGUGAUCAUAAACAGCAAAGAGGAACAGGAGUUCCUUGAUAAAAUGCUGGGCAGGAAAAGGGCUUGGAUUGGUCUGAGUGACAGAGACAAAGAGGGGGUGUGGAAAUGGGUGGAUGGUACACCACUGACCACUGCGUUUUGGCGUAGCGGGGAACCGAAUGAUGCAGGAGGUGAUGAGGAUUGUGCUGAGAUUUCGGAAGAAAAUAAGAUCUGGAAUGAUAUGCCAUGUUCAACUAACCAAAUAAUUUCUUGGGUCUGUGAGAAAGUUAACUAAUUAAAUAAAUAUAGUGAAAUGAAAUCAAAACAAACUCUGUUUAUGGAGAAGUUCAGUUCAUUUUUUAAAAAGCCGGAAGUCUAUAAAAUACAGAUUAUAUAGUCAUUUGAAAAAAUUAGAACACCCCAUGAAACAUAUGAACAUAGUUAAACAUAUGCACAUUUGAUCUUUAUUUAAACAAUAGUGGAAGAUUCAAGUAAUAUAACUAAACUAAUCAAACCAAAGAAAAGUCUUUUUUAAAUGAUCUGUAAAAUGUAAUUAAAAAUCAUUUUCCUGUGAGGAAAAAGUAAGGACACCCCCACAUUUAUUUGUAGUUAAAACUGAUAAAAUUUCCUACAGGUGGAUCACAUCAGGUGUAAAUUAUUAGAACAUUGAUACAGAACAUUUAGAAGAUGGCUUGUCUUAUUUGAACCUCAGAUAUGUGGUUUGGUUUGCUUUUAAUUGUUGAAGUGAGAGGUUUCACCAUGCUGAGAUCCAAAGAGCUCUCUGAGGCUGUCAGAAAGAAUAUUGUUGAUGCUUAUGAGUCUGGUAUGGGAUAUAAAAAGAUCUCAAAUGAAUUAGUAAAUAGCGAUUCCACUGGCCGGAAAUCAUUUACAAGUGGAGAACAUUUAAAACAACAUGGCAAGGUCAGGACAUCACACCAACACUAACUAGUUAGGGUGUCCUAACUUUUUCCUUAAUUGAAAAACUCAUUUUUGUUGAUUUAUUUUGUUUAAUUUUUUUUUGUUUACAUUCAAUGACAUCAUUUUAAUUCACAGGUACAAAUUAAAACUAGGUCAGAAAUCGGCAUGUUGACCUUUCUUAAUAAAGAACUGAAUAGUUAAUGGGGUGUACUAAUUUUUUUACAUGACUGUAGCUGUAACUGAUCUAGCCACGGUUGUUGCUUUCUCAGGCCCUAUCAUGUGAAACUGUGCAGAUCUACAAGAAACUUCUACUUACAAGUGUAUUAUUUAAGGGUGUGAUCAUUGGGACUUUCUAUACAGCAUUCAAGGAAUCAAAUGUACACCUUUUCCCACUCAGCCCAAAUGUAUUCAAACAUCUAAAGAAUAAAAGCAGAUGAUCAAACAGGUUUUUAUUUAAAUAAACAGCAGAAGGUAAUGUUUGAGCUGAUGAGGCAGGACACAAGGGUGUAAGAUCAAUGUGUAAUUUAUCAAGCAUAAUCCAGGUGUGUUUUUCUUUUAUUAAUGUGAUAUAAAUGUGUCGCUGGUGGACCCGGGAUCAAAUCCUGGAUUAUUACAUCUGGAGAGUGAUUAAAGAAACAUUCAUGGUUCCAGAAGUGUCAUUAGGCAGUAAUGCAACCUGUAAAAGAAAGAUAUGAUUUUAUAUAUGUAAAUGUUGUUAUUCUCAUGCACCAAAAACUCUGUUGUACCUCAUAUGUGUUUUUUUUUUGAGAUUAUUUUGUGUCCUAUAAUUUGGAGCAGAGCAAUAAAAAAUCUUCUGUCUGAUGCA